AUGAAGGCCGUGGGCCCCCAGUCUGCCGAAUGUGAGGGUGCCCAGUUCCAGAACGACAACAACGUGAUCAGCAUCGAGAACGACCACGGCUGCGGCUUGACGAACUAUGAGUACUCUGUGGAGUAUUGCCCGGAUCAGGAUCAUCUCAUCAUCAACCUGGUGAAGCCUUACAGCGUCCGCGUGGUGCUUGAUAGCCAAACCUGCCCUGCUGCCGGUGAGGUCUGA